CUGGCGUGGGAUCGGUCCCUGCUGCCUCAUCUGGAAUAACGUCGGGAGAAAUCCAGAAAUUUCAUUAGGAGGGUGUUUGUCAUUUAAGGAGUGCGAACAGUGUUGAUAAUAAUAAUCCAAACGUUUCCAUCGGAACAGGGGGGUUUCUGUACUUUGCAGAAGCCAGAGCAGACAUAUUCCGAUAGAGAUUCUCCAAAAAAAUAUAGGCUGUAAUAAGGAACCAUGGGAAAGCAGAACAGCAAGCUGACUCCCGAGGUGAUGGAGGAUCUGGUGAAGAACACAGAGUUUAACGAACACGAGCUGAAGCAGUGGUACAAAGGCUUCCUGAAAGACUGCCCCACUGGCAGGCUGAAUCUGGACGAGUUCCAGCAGCUCUAUGUCAAGUUCUUCCCUUAUGGCGAUGCAUCAAAGUUUGCACAGCACGCCUUCAGGACCUUUGAUAAAAACGGGGACGGGACCAUUGAUUUCCGAGAGUUCAUCUGCGCUCUGUCCAUCACAUCCCGCGGCAGCUUCGAGCAGAAACUCAACUGGGCCUUCAACAUGUAUGACCUGGACGGCGACGGCAAAAUCACCAGAGUGGAGAUGCUGGAGAUAAUCGAGGCUAUCUACAAAAUGGUGGGCACUGUGAUCAUGAUGAAGAUGAACGAGGACGGCCUGACACCACAGCAGAGGGUGGACAAGAUCUUCGGCAAGAUGGAUAAGAACAACGACGACCAGAUCUCGUUGGACGAGUUCAAGGAGGCGGCGAAGAGCGACCCGUCCAUCGUGCUCCUGCUGCAGUGUGACAUGCAGAAGUGAGCCUCUUACCCCGCUCGCUCCUCUCCCCCCCGUCAGUAAUCCACACACUCUGGACAGCAGCACAUGUUUUAAUGUCUCAUUAGGUUCUCUGCCAUUUCCACAGGAAAAACAAAAAACAAAACAAACAACAAUGCUUGGACGAUUUUUCAAUGGACUCGCUUCUUGUGGUUGUAUGCAUGAGAAUGUCAAAUGCUGAAUAAUUUUGAAUAUAGCUAUACGAUAUCAUACAUUUAUAUUUCAAAAACAUGCCAAUGUGAUUUGUGCACAGUAACCCUAUACAUUCCCAUUCAACCUUAGCUUGUAAAUCAGUGGAGCACUGCAUUCAAUUAUGUUCCUGCAGUAUUUAGGAUCCCCAGUGUUCACUGCUGCUACUACUGUACGCUUUACAUAAUAGUAACAAAACAAUAACUCCUAUGAUAAUUGUAACUGUCUCUGCUAUCCAGACUUGUUGAGCUCUUGGAGAAUAGAGAGGCUCCUGUCUGUUCCAGAUGUUUUCACACGAUGGAACCAAGAAGAGUAGGUUCU